CACAGCAGCUGAAUCAUCGGGGCCAGAGACAGUCGCAAAUUUCAUAAAGGGACGUGGUGCAAGGAUGGCCUUCAACUACCCUGUAGCUAGGAGAGAUGAGAGUAAGGUGGAUGAAUACCAUGGGGUGAAAAUACCUGAUCCAUACUGCUGGCUGGAGGACCCAGACAGUGAAGAGACCAAGGCCUUUGUAGAAGAACAGAACAAGCUGACCAUGCCCUUCUUGGAUCAAUGUGCUGUCAGGCCCCUGUUCCACCAGCGUCUGACUGAACUCUAUGACUACCCCAAGUACAGCUGUCCUUACAAGAGAGGGGGGAGGUAUUUCUACUUCCACAACCAGGGCUUGCAGAACCAGGAUGUCCUUUAUGUGCAGGACUCGCUGGAGAGCCCGGCCUCGGUCUUCUUCGACCCGAACACGCUGUCGGAGGACGGCACUGUGGCCUUGAAGAUGGCCCGGCUGUCAGAGGAGUGUGAGUACUUUGCGUACGGGUUGAGCUCUGCCGGGUCGGACUGGGUGACGGUGCGCUUCCUGAAGGCGGACGACCUGACCCAGCUGCCCGACGUCCUGGAGAGGGUCAAGUUCAGCUGCCUGGGCUGGACACAUGACGCCCGCGGGGUGUUCUACAACUGCUACCCCCUGCAAGAGGGCAAGGCUGAUGGCACUGAGACCACUUCCAACCUCAAUCAAAAGCUCUACUACCAUGUGAUCGGGACCAGCCAAUCAGAGGACAUUCUGGUGGCAGAAUUUCCAGAUCACCCCAAGUGGCACAGCGGAGUCACGGUGUCGGAUGACGGCAGGUAUGCCGUGCUGUCCAUCACAGAGGGCUGUGAGCCAGUCAACCAGCUGUGGUACUGUGACCUGCAGCAGCUGCCCAAUGGCAUCACAGGUCUUCUCCCAUGGGUGAAGCUGGUGGACAACUUCGAGGCACAGUACUCCUACAUCACCAACGAGGGCAGCGUUUUCACCUUCCGCACCAACCUGAAUGCACCGCGGUACAAGCUGAUCAACAUUGACCUGCAGAAGCCCGCCCCAGAGCACUGGAGUACCCUCAUCCCACAACAUGAGAAGGAUGUCCUGGGGUUUGUGGCCUGUGUGAAUCAGCACCACCUGCUGGUGAACUACGUGCAUGACGUGAAGGACAUCCUGCAGUUGUAUGAGUUGUCGUCUGGACAGCUGCUGAGGGACUUGCCUCUGGACGUGGGGACCGUGGUGGGGAUCAGCUGCAAGAAGAAGCACCCCGACUUCUUCUACAAGUUCACCUCCUUCACCACCCCAGGCAUCAUCUACCACUAUGACCUGAGUGUCCCCAACCCUGAGCCCACCGUAUUCCGACAGGUAGAGGUGAAGGGCAUCCAGCCAGCUGACUAUGAGACUGUACAGGUCUUCUACCCCAGCAAGGAUGGGACUAAAAUCCCAAUGUUCCUGGUGCAUGCCCGGGGGAUCAAGAAGGAUGGAUCUCACCCCGUCUUCCUGUAUGGAUACGGAGGCUUCGAGAACUCCAUCCAACCCCACUACAACGUGGCCUACCUGCUCUUUGUCAGACACCUUGGCGGAAUCCUGGCUGUGGCCAACAUCAGAGGAGGAGGGGAGUACGGCCAGACCUGGCACAAAGCCGGCUCCCUGGGUAAUAAGCAGAACUGCUUUGAUGACUUCCAGUGCGCGGCGGAGUUCCUGAUCAGGGAGCAGUACACCUCCGCCAGCCACAUCGCCAUCAACGGGGCCUCCAACGGGGGACUGCUCGUGGCGGCCUGUGUGAACCAGAGGCCGGAGCUCUUCGGCUGUGCUGUGGCUGAGGUGGGAGUGAUGGACAUGCUGAAAUUCCACAAGUUCACCAUCGGUCACGCCUGGACCACAGACUACGGCUGCUCGGACGACAGCAAGCAGUUCCAGUGGCUCAUUAAGUACUCCCCCCUGCACAACCUGCCCCCUGCCCCCAGGGAAGGCCCACCAUACCCCGCCAUACUCCUGCUGACAGCGGACCACGACGACCGCGUGGUCCCGCUGCACACGCUGAAGUACUGCGCCACGCUGCAGCACGGCGUGGGGCGCAGCCCGGGGCAGCGGCAUCCCCUGCUGCUGCGUGUGGACACCCGCAGCGGCCACGGCGCCGGCAAGCCCACCGCCAAGGCCAUCCUGGAGGACACGCACAUAUUCUCCUUCAUCGCCCAGACCCUGGGCCUCAGCUGGAGAGAGUGAAGA